AUGUCCAACCAAACCACUGUGACUGAAUUCCUGCUCCUGGGCUUUUCUGAUAUUCGGGAGCUCCAGAUCAUACACUUCGUUAUCUUUCUCGCAGCGUACUUGGCAACCCUGAUGGGGAAUCUCCUCAUCAUCACAAUUGUAACUCUUAACUGUGAACUUCAUUCUCCCAUGUUCUUUUUCUUGAUUAAUUUGUCCAUUGUGGACCUUGGCUCCAUCACAGUGACCGUGCCCAAAUCCAUGUCUAACACUUUAUUGAACACCAGGUUCAUUACCUACUCUGCAUGUGUUGCCCAAGUGUUUUGCCUCUUCUGCUUCUUGGGAGCAAAUUUAUCCCUUCCCACAGUUAUGGCAUAUGACCGAUACAUUGCUGUCUGCAAGCCACUGCAUUAUGAGAUGAUAAUGAACAGGAGACCUUGCAUCCAGAUGGCUGCCUUUGCUUGGGCUGCUGGUGUCAUCUACUCUGCACUGCACACUGGGAACACCUUUAGUCUACCCUUCUGCCACUCAAAUACCAUCAACCAGUUCUUCUGUGAAAUACCCCAGCUGCUCAAGCUCUCCUGCUCUGACACAUACCGCAGAGAGCUGGCAGCUCUUGUCUUAAGUAUGUUUUUAGUUCUAGGCUGUUUUGUUUUCAUCGUUGUGUCGUAUGUUCAGAUCUUCACCGCAGUGUGGAGGAUCCCCUCUGAGCAGGGCCAUCAGAAAGCCUUCUCCACCUGCAUUCCUCACCUUAUUGUGGUCUCUCUGUUUCUUUCCAAUGCCGGCAUUGCCUACAUGAAGCCCAUCUCUGACUCCCCGUCCCCUCUGGAUCUCCUGGCAGCUAUUCUGUAUUGUGUGGUGCCUCCAUUGAUGAAUCCAGUCAUCUACAGCAUGAGGAACAGGGAGAUCCAAGCUGCCCUGAGGAAACUGCUCCACAGGCUGAUCCGCUCCAAGAACAACAUUUCCAUGACUUUGCUUUACUUAUGUUUCUUUUAUAAUUAA